AUUUGGGCUUGUGUCCUGGACGAUCGAGGCUUUCAAGCCAAGUUGUGUCACUGGUGCUAAAUCCCCUUUGAAGUUAAUUGACGAAGAUGGCAAAGAGGUUAUCCCAAAAAGCUGUUGCUUUGAGGAAGUCGUGGACACAUGACAUGUCUUGCGAAGAGGACGGAGAUGAAUCAGAGUAUAAUCCAGACCAGGAUGAGGAGUCAAGUAGUGAUGAAAGUAGUGAUAAAUCUUCAGGUCAUGAAAUGGUGCGAGGUGAUUCAGAUGAAGAAAUUGUGGAAGAGGAAUCAGCCAAUACCAAUGUGAACAAAUCAGACCAGUCUAAAAAGAGAAAGCGUCCAAGCAAAGCGAGGAUUAAAAAAGAAUGCCCAGUACCCUACUGUCAUAAGAUUGUUGUUCAUCUGCCAAGGCAUUUGCAAAAAGUGCAUGAUUGGCCAAAACAUCAAGCUCGUGCUGCAGUAUUGCGGUUUAAUUUACGUAAGAAAUAUUCCUUUUCAACUGCAGAGAGUGCAGCUGCUGGCAAUAGGAAAGGAAAACAAAUGCUGAUGAGCAUGGGCAAAAGAGGUGCAACAAGGAUUACCACAAAAAGAGAUGUUGUCCAAUG